AGAGCUACACGUAUCCGCCACCAUCUCCGUCUACUCCCCCAUCCCUUCGUUCUCCAGCAAGGCCCACCAUGAACGCAGCCGCCUCGAACAUAGUCAUUUCCCUUUUGGCGAUGCAAGUCGCCAAAAAGGUCGACUUCAGUGAUCCACAAAUACUCAUGGGCGUCCGGAUCGCAUACGUGGCGGUCCAAAUAAUCAUUCUAGGAACUUACUACUACGUAUCAUACAAGAUCAAGCAGAAGAAUGACAUGACAGUGCUCAAAUAUGUUGAACCCCCAAAUCCCAUGACAAAAGAAGAGGGCCACCUGGUGACAACGACAGUUAGGGAUUAUGACCUCCAGGAGACUUCCAAGCUCGUGCGCUCCGUUUACAUGGGCCUCGCAAUGAUGACGUUUAUGCAUCUCUACAUGAAAUAUACCCAGCCCCUGUUCGUUCAGGCUCUCAUGGGCCUCAAGGGUCUGUACGAUGCGAAACUCGUUGCCAUUCAUAUCCUCGGUAAGCCCGCGGAGGGUGACCUCAAGCGGCCGUUCAAAAGUGGCGGCUUCAUGGGCGUCGCGGCAAACCCGCAGACUGACAAGGCUGCUAUUGACGCUGCGGAGAAGCGUGCGUCUAAGAAGGACGAGUAGAAGAUGGUCGAGUGUCUUUAGCGAGGAACUGCUGAUUGCCGGUCGUCUUUCCUGCUGGGUAUCUUCCUUUGAGUCAGGGCUGUGUCAGUAGACGGUUUAUGCUCUCGAAAAGUAGAUAAUGAUGGUACGGGUGAUCCUUUGAGAUCGUGCUGAGACAAAUGGCGAACUCUGUAUGAUCAGAUGAGGAAGCACAAUAUCAUCGCAUAAAACAAUGCCAUUCAGAGGCCUGGCUGCACCAGCACGCGUCACAAAGAGAUGUUAUGCUGAGAUGGGGACGUGUACGAUUGCGACAAUAAUAAACAAUUGCUCAGAAAACAUGCUAGACAGAUUAGCCUUGAGAUGAUGUAUAUGGAUAGCAAACUUUUGGCAGAUGACAACACAUUCUCUACGUUCCUACACCCCUUAUGUAUUUUUCGCGCGCGCACGACCGAGCUGGGCACCUC